CAGAAAGAGAGAGGGAUAUGGGAAACUUCAAAGGCCAUGCCCUACCAGGCAGUUUCUUCCUGAUUGUUGGAAUUUGGUGGUGUGUCAAGUUCUCCUUCUGGCAUGUUAGUCGGCGAAAGAAGAAUGCCUGUCCAUUUGCCACCAAAGCUGUGUAUCGCCGGGUGGAGAUCAUUGAGGCCACUGUCAUUGUGGUCUUCUCUCUAAUAGGCAUGAUUGCUGAACAGUUUGUCCCUGAUGGUCCUCAUCUCACACUCUUCAAUCAUAAGGAGCAACACUGGGAUCACCUAAUGAACUGGCAGCACACUACCAUGUAUCUCUUCUAUGGGAUAGCGGGUGCAGUCACAAUUGCAGUUCAUACCACUGCAGCCGCUCCAGUAGCCUUUGACCGACUAAUGCUCUCUAUUGCUGUCUUUAUAGAAGGCUUUUUAUUUCUGUACCACCUGCAUGGUCGAGACAUGCUGGAUGUCCAUGUGCAUAUGCUCCUCCUGUAUGCAAUUUUUGGUGGGGCACUCACUGUAUUCCUAGAGGUUUUUCUGCGAGGCAAUAUUCUUCUAGAGCUCCUAAGAACCAGUCUGUGCCUGCUACAGGGCAGUUGGUUUUGGCAGAUUGGCUUUGUCCUUUAUCCCCCCAAUGGUGCCCCUCAGUGGGAUCUGCAGGAUCACAACAACAUGAUGUUCAUCACAAUGUGCUACUGUUGGCAUUAUGCCUUUUCUCUUCUGUUGGUUGCUGGUAUUUACACUAUAACCAGCUGGUGA